AUCAUAAAGAUACCAUUUCAAUAUGUCUUCGACUAGAUAGAAUUCUGGAACAAAUGUUUGUUGAUUCUUUGACUUAUGUGAAACAUUAUGAUGAUAAGAUGUUGACUUCACCACUAUGUUUGCUCUUUGCUGUUGCAACAGUAUUUUCCAUUGAUGCAAAACGUAAUGUUAUCAAUACUGAACGAUCUAAUCCUGAUCGUUCAGUGGGCAGACCA